AUGAGGAAGGUUCUUCCUCGGGCCGGAGGGCUCGCACGUACUUCUGGCAGCUUGUCAGGCCGGCUAGACGGCAACAAACGUGCCGUCUUGGCGCCAACGCCUGCUGCUGUUGCCGCUUGUCCUUGCAAGGGUCUGCUCGUAGCUUUGCAGCCCGCCGGAACUCUUGUCGUAUGCAUGAAAUGCAUCAACAGAGGAGCAACAGCAGGUUCGUCCGUUGUUCCAGACCGGCUCGUGGGCUCCUUCGUCGUUUUCCCCCGCCCAGAUCGGCAUGGUAGGGCUCCUUUGCGGCGCGCGGCGCCUUUGCUCGUCAACGCCACGGUAAGCGGGCCCGUCGUCUUUUCACCUCGCCCAGGACCUCGACCAGGACCUCGACCAGGACCGGGCGGGUUGCCCUCAGCCGAGGCAGCAGUUCUCUCCAAAACACGCGGGCCAAUCCUGUCAAUCUUUUGGGGGCCGUGGGUCAGUUUGUUCUCACCGCCUUUGGCCCCGACUAGCUCUGGCAACCAGGACCCAGAUUCCUCGUCGACACCGAGACCUUUCCUUUGGGCAAGUCGGCUCCACGAAGGCCGGGGUGGCGAGUCCGGCUCGCCAGACGUAGCACUGAGCUGA